AUGCAGAUGCAGAUGAUGAGAGCAGUGGAGAGUUAUCACCUGUUGCGGGUUCAUACCCUUGUUUAUCAACCAUUUGCACUUAUUACUAUGGUAACACUAGCAUACCAUGAAGCAAAGUUGGACACCAGGAAGAGGAACUUAAUUGUAUAUGCUCUCUUCUUCCUUGGGACCUUGAUGCUAAUAGUGGUGGUUUUAGCUAUGUCUAGGAGUGGAGCGAUUUCACCUUAUAUUGGUAUAUGUGCAUGUGUUGGUGCAUUUGGGGGUGCAGAUGCCCAUGUUCAAGGUGGAAUGGCCGGAGACCUGUCUUUUAUGCGCCCUGAAUUCAUCCAGAUUGGUGGUCUUCUCAAAUCCUUUGCUGGCUUGGCUGCAUCAGGUGCUCUUACCUCUGGCAUGAGGCUGAUGACAAAAGCUGCCUUCGAGAAGUAUCACAAUGGUCUUUGUGAGGGGGCGAUGAUGUUCCUAGCAAUUUCCACACUCAUUGAGUUUCUGUGUAUUCUUCGAUAUGCAAUUUACUUCCCUAGAUUGCCUAUAGUAAAUUACUACCGCUCAAAGGCAGCCUCUGAAGGCUCUAAAACUGUAUCUGUUGAUCUUGCUGCUGGCAUCCAAACACAAGCAGACAUAGAAGUUUCCCUUGACUGGUUAUGGCUCAUUGGCAAGAGCAAAUUUUAA